UUUCGGGCCAUUACGGCGGGUGUUGCCGGGAGUGACUCCAGUACAGACACAAUGGAGCUGCAGUGAUAGAGUAAAUACUGCUUCCCUGUAUUCACACACAGCCUUAUUUAUCUCUGACAGUGUUAUGGUGAAGUAAUGCUGACCGCGGGCUGUUAGCAGCAUGCUAACUGCUAUUUUAGCGCUUUGGUGCUAACUUGGUUUCUUAUUUAUUUAGCCAGCCGUCCUGUUAGCUAGCUGAGUUAGCAUCAGUGAGCAGCUGGUCGUGGGUUUGGCUGUGUUUCCUCCAGUAUUGGCUCCUCUCUUAGCCUGGUUUAAAGUGUUGAGCUGAUCUGUGAGAGCGGGAUCAUGGAGUUUCCUUUUGAUAUUAACCUGUUAUUCUCUGAGAGGGUCUCGGUCCUGGAUCAGAGUCUGAUAGCAGGUCGAAAAUCUGCAGGACGGUGAGUAACAGAUCCCAUUACAGUAUAUCUGCAUAUUAAAUUGAACCUACCAGGGGCGUGUCCAGGGGUGGGGGUGGGGGACCAAUAGUAAAUAGAAAUUCUUAACCCUUGUGAUUCAUCAGGCCUUUAACCAUCGUAAACUACCUCCUGCAAGCUGAGUGAGACUGUCAACAUCUGGAACAGAUGUGUUCACAACAAAUAUAUAUUACAGUACUCUGUGUACAGACCAAACACAGAGAGGACUGGAGGUCCUUACACACCGGGGCCGACGCUAAUAUAGAACACGAAAUUACAAAAUAUUUUUGGAAGAGAAUUUUGACCCCCCUGACUAUACACAUCAAGCUCGAUGCGAUUUUGCGACUUUCCGGGGGUAAAAAGACUCAUCCCGGGGAAGACUUUUGCCGGGGAAAGUCCCGCCUCCUUCGCCUCAUUGGCUAGAAAAGCUGGAAAUGUCAUCAUCACACGCUCAAGCCAAACAGUCAGCACUUAUAGCCAAUCAGAGGCGAUAAGCUAACCAUGACCCAAAAAAUAAAUGCCACAAUACCGCAGGACGGGAAAACGUCGCUGAUGUGAACACUUCUAUUGACAGGAUAGGGGUUCGAAAAAAAAUACUCAUGUCCGAAAUAAUCACAAAAUCACAAAAACGGUCCCUUGUUGUGAAAGGACCUUAAGAGCAGAAUUUAUAUAGACUGUAAGCUGAUUAAGACCCUCAAUCAGACCCUCAUGAAGACUGUUUGCAGACCUACUGCAGACUGUGUUCAGACUGAGCAAAGUAAAAGCCAUAUUCCCUGUUGCUUGUUUCUCUGCAUCAGUUAGUCGAUAAUUGAACCACUUUGUGUUUUGUCUCUUUAGCCCUGAUCUACAGGCCCACAUUGCCACUGUUAUUGAUGAACUUGGGAGAGCCUCUGCUAAGGUGAGUCUGUGGACCUGUUCAUGUUUAGGACCUUGAACCUGCUGAGUAGAUCUAAUCUGUAUCUAAUAAAAAUACCAUCAAAUAGUUUCUGGUUUUGAGCUGCUGCUGACCAUCUAGCCGCUAUCCUGUAUGUGUUUGUACAGGUUGUUUGGUGUUUGCUCCUGCUGCACAUUGUUUCAUCUCAAAAUAUCAUGAAUUAGUACCAUAUUAUAUUAAAUAAGACUUUUGAUCAAUAAGAAGCCCUUUACAAGCAGAGAAUAAUCUGUGUAAGAGAAAAUGAGUGCAGGCUGAGUCUGUGGCUCAGUUGUAGAACAUGUACCAUUUAGACUGAGGCGGAUCUAUAACCACAGCAGCUGAGGUUUAAUUCAAUGUUGUCAUAUGUUCCUUUCCUCCGUCUUCCUGUUUCUUUCUUCCCCUCAUAAAUUCAUGCACUGAGCUGCACUGUGAUGAAGCACACAUCAAAUAUGUUUUAUAAAGAGUUUCCCCAUCAACAUUUCUGAUUGUAUAUGUAAAUAUGAUCAUUUUAUUGGUUCAUUUGGUUCUUGCAGCUUCAACUCUGUUUGAGCAUUUCAGCACAGUACAAACACAGUCAUGCAGUGAGGACUUAGUUACAUCUCUGAACUUACAGGCUGUUUCCCCUCUUAAAUCAGGCUUCCUGUCGCAGACAAAUCCCCUGUGUUACAGAAUAAAUGCUCCUCCCUGUGGGUCUGAAUGUGGAUUUAAGAAUUGAGGUCAGCAUGAAGACUUCAGCAUAAUUUAAUCUGAGUGCUCCUCCAUCGCAGGCUCAGUUUAACAUCUUCUUCUCAGACAGACAGACGUGCUGCAGAAAGAAACAUCCUCACAGCUAUGGCUGGACUGUAAACAUGCUGAGUCACCACAGGAUGUGUGGGUGAAAUACAGGCUAAUUCUGUCAGAAAUAAAUGCUGUCAGCAUAUUUAUUACUACAUGUGAACUCAUUGUUUACAUCACCAUAACAACAACAUACGGUUACAGAGCUGGUGGUUAAUAAUAGAGCAAUUUGGCUUCAAAUUCAUACAAUGACGGGAGGCCCAUACUAUAUACAGUCUAUAGGACUGACUCACUGUAGGACUCAGCCUCUAGUGGACACUAAAGAAACUGCACUUAAACACAGUUGUCUCUCUCUCUGCAGGCUCAGCAGCUCACUGCUCCCAUCACAAGUGCUUCAAAGCUGCAGACUCAGAGACAUCAGCUCUACCUGCUGAAAGAUGGAGAGAGCAACGGGUACACAAAUACACACACACUCAUACACACACACACACACACACUCAUUCACAGUGUGUCACACAGUGCUUGUUAUGCGUGCUCUGUACUGUUGACACACGGUGUCAUAGUCUGACUUACUUUACUGUUACUCCCCACAGAGGACGAGGAGUGGUGGUUGGAUUUCUUAAAGUUGGAUAUAAGAAGUUGUUCCUGCUGGUGAGUUGCCUUUUUGUCUUAAGUUUCAUUGUUUAACUCGUCCUGCAGCUCUGAGUCACUGAACUCUGCUCUCCUUGUAAUCCCUCUCAGGAUAGACAGGGGGUGCACAUCGAGGCGGAGCCGCUCUGUGUGUUGGAUUUCUACAUAUCAGAGAACCUGCAGAGACAUGGCUACGGGCUGGAGCUCUUUGACUUCAUGUUGAAGGUAAAAUUCAUGUUCACAUGGAUGCUGGUUCCUGUAAGGUCACUCUCAGGUUGUAAAGGUCACAUUGAUCAGAUUCGGAGAAGAGUCCUGUCCUCUCUGCAGGACUGAGUGUAUUUUCUGUCUUUCGUAGCACAAAGGUUUGGAGCCCGUCCUGAUGGCGUACGACCGUCCCUCACCUAAGUUCCUGUCCUUCCUGGCGAAGCAGUACUGUCUGGCUCAGAGCGUCCCUCAGGUACAGUCUGUACUCUUCUUUAUCAUCUUCAUCACGCUUCUCUUUGAUGAUCACUGUCUCCUCCUCUUUCUGUCUGACCUCUAGAUGGAGGCAGAUGUGAUUUACCCUCAGGGGACACACCCAUCUUAUCCUGAUUGUUCUAUUUAUUCCGGUUAUAUUUAGACUCUGUAUCUCACAGGGAGACUGCUGUCAGAUAUGAUCUGAGUGUUUAGUGUUUGUGCUAAAGCUGCAUGACGUGUUUAGUAGACAAAAAUAAGUCAUUAGAAAUCAGAUGAGAUAAUACACCGAAGGACACACAGUUUCUGAUUAUUAUGUGUACAAGCACACAGCAACUUCCUGUUUCAUGGAGAGCUUUUAAAGUGGGUUUUGGUUACUCUAAGUACUUUAAUACUCUAAAUCCCCAAAGGGUCUAAAGAUACACAGACUACUUACACCUGAGACCCAUGAAAAGUUCGUUUGUUUUAACAGACCUGAUGUAGGUGUGAAGUUUGGGGCCUUCUGAGGCGUGUCAUAGUCUCCACAUUUGGGAUUCAGUGCACCUGAAAGUAGGAUUAAGUGUUCCCCUCUUGCACAGUGUCUUUUUGUUUAGACCCUAAAAAAAUCCCCCAUGUUGUUAACAGAUUUGUAAUGCUAACUGGAACCAGCAUUUUUGCCACAGAGUCAACAGAGGUGAUAUAAGCUGGAACAGUUUUGCACAGAUUGAAAUGAUGUGUGAGAUCAGGUUACGCCCCUGACAUUGCUCAAACUAGUAAGAUUUAAUCACCACUGUUUCAAAGUUUUGACCAAUCAGAAUGAAGCAUUUAACAGUCUAAGAAUAAGAAGGUGUUUUUUUGGUCCCAGUAGGGAAAUUCAAUCGUGAUUAGGCCAAGUGAUAAUCUGCUUUGUGUGUGUGUUUGUGUUUACAGGUGAAUAACUUUGUGGUGUUUGAAGGCUUCUUCCUGAACAGAUCAGGUAAGUCUCUCACUCUCUCUCUCUCUCUCUCUCUCUCACUCUUUUUGUCUCUCUGUGUAGAGGUAUGAGUGUGGGCUGUGUUUGGUAUUCUGGGUAUUUCUCGAUCAGCUCUGAAUCUUUUGUUUAGAUGAAAGCUGCUCUAUAAUCCCUCUCUCUCGCUCUCUCUCGCUCUCUCUUUCUCUCUCACCCCCUCCCUCUCUCAGUCACUGCUGUAAACUCAGAUUAACGUGUUCAUUCAGCUCCUAACCCAAGCCCCUCAGUGUAGAGAUGUAAGAUUCAGACCCUCACGAGUCCUGAUGUCUUUUUAUUCCACCUCCGCCGUCUGUGUGUGUGUGUACGUGUGUGUGUGUGUGUUCACACACUCUCUCAGGCCCUUUCUGCGCUCCUCUGACGGAUCAGGGGAUGAUCGGAUAUUUGUAAGAACUGAUUUAUUUUCUCUCACACCUAACCCCCCCUCCCCUCUAGAAACCAGUGAACUCUCCAUCAUUAGCUUCAUGUCAGACUGAAUGUAAGGCUCUGAAACUUGUACCCUGGCAUUACCUUUUCAUCACAUCACCUGCAUUUCUACCUACACCGGUACAAUAUAUGUCAUGGAUCAUUUCAUAUAUUGAACCGACUUUCCCAGCUGUCAAAGUAUGACAGUAUCCACAAAGAGCCACAGCCUGUAGACCCUUCAAGACCCUUUAAGACCCUUUAGGACACUUUAAACCCUUUAAGACCUUUUGAGACCCUUGAAGAACCUUCCCCAGACCCCCAGGCCUCCAGACUGACAGAAAAACACCUGUCUGUCAGCAGGUGGAACAUUGUGUAGAAUGUUAGUAGAAUCUGAAUUUGAUGGUUUGUAAAUCACUUUAAGUUUUUAUAGAACAAAGACAGCAUCAAAUAAAUCAUAAAGAACGUUAAGUGUUUAUAACAGAUCUCUCCUGAUUUUAAAUUUGAUUCAGCAACAUGUUUGUAAAAAUUAUUAAAGGAACAACCAAACUGGUAAAAAGUAGUUUGAGAGGGGCAAACAAACAGGUUAAGAGUCUUGUAAUGCUAGAAAAACAGCUGGAGGAACAUCUCCAACCAAUGAGGUUCAUGUCCAACAGGUAAGUGACAUGACUGGGUAUAAAAAGGACAUUCAGAGAGGCUGAGUCUCUCUGGACAUUUCACUUUUAGACUCCAGAACCUGGUCUGCUGGGUUCACUUAGGUCUACAGAGAGUUAGUAAAAGAAGAGCUGAUGGGAGAUGUGCCUCAGUUUCAACAUAUGUUGUCUUUGCACUAUUUUCAAUUGAGUAUAUGCUUUAGGUGAUUUUUAAACCACCAGAUUUAGUUUUCAUCAACAUUUUAUACCGUGUUCAAACUUUGUUGGGAUUGGGGUUCUGUAUUAAAGUCACUGGAUAGAUGUGGAUUCACUUUGCAUGUCUGACACAGUGUUAUCCAGUCUAUCAGUGAUGAGAUCCUCUGAACAGCCUGAUGUUGCAUCAGAAGCUGUCAAACAUGAUUGAUUUAAACCAUUUAUACAGCUGUUUAUUCUUAUAGAGUUGUCGAACUUUAAAAAUCCUGGAUCCAGAUUUCACACAGAUCUGUGUACUUUGCUUCACAGAGCUGCAGUCUGUCUGGUUUCAGACUUUUAGUGAUUGUUAGAAACAGUGAAACCGAGACUGAGACCACAGCUCCCUUUUUAUUGAGAGGUUAAUGUUAAAAAUGGGAACAAUGGUGUCUGCAGUGAGAGAAUCAGAGUCACAUGAUUUGUUUCAGGUUAGGAGUAAACAGGUGAGCAGACGAGUCUUGUAACAGACUGCUCCAUAAAAACAGCACCAAGGUCUGUUCUGCUGUUCCUCAUGUUUUGUCUGUAAAUGUGUCCUCCUCCACAGCGGCCCAACUGAGAAAGGUUCCCCCCAGAAGAGCAGAAGGAGAGAUCAAACCGUACUCUCUGACAGAGAGGGAAGGUAAACCCUACAAAUAUAAAACUGAAUCUCUGAAUCACUGCAGAGUGUCAACAGAGAGUUCUUCUAUUUCUUCUUCUUCCUGCAAAAUAAUCACACUCUAGUGCAGUAUGCUGGAUCUAACACAAUAAAUUAACCCUUUAUAUAAGAUCGUAUAAUUCCCCUGCAGUAAAUCUAACUGUGUAAAUUAAGGUCCCUCUCUAUUUUCCUCUGUGUUACAGUUUAUACUAUCAUUUAAUACAGUAUUCUCCUGCAGUAUAAAGAUGGUAAUAAUCACACAGACACUUCCUGAUUCCCAUCCUGUGCAGUACAGCAAAAUAAUCAUCUGUUAUUUAUGAUAUCAAUAAUAAAUAUAUUGAUGUCUGUUAUUUAUGACAUUCGUAUUGAAUAGAUUUAAUAUUUAUGAUACAGUGUAAUGUCUUCCCCUUUUAGUUGUGCGUCAGGAGCAGAGGGUUCCUCCCUGGCCGUUUGUUCCCCCUCACUCCCCCCAGCGAUCGGUAUCCUCCCGGUACUCCCCUCCCCUCAGCGUGGGUUCCUCCCCCAGCAGGGCCCCCACUCGACCCACCACACUAUCUGCCAAUCAGAGCCCCCAGUCCCCCCUCAUCGACCGCUGCAGGGCAAGACGCACAAGGUGAGAACUGCAUGACUCCGCCCACUCCGCAUGUGUGUGACUCCGCCCCUAAACAUUUUUACAAUGUUUAAGUGUGUGUGUGUGUGUGUGCCUGCAGAGUGUUUUUCAGUGUGUGUUUGUGUUUGUGUUUGAGUGGGUGUAUCAGUGUAUGUAUAAUCAGUCUUUGUGUAUACACUGGCGGUCUUUAGCAGUCCCUCCCGUUUCUGUUUCUGAUGUUUGUUCUUUUCACUAACUCUCUCUUCUUCUCCUUCUUCUCUCUCUCUCUUCCCUCUCUGUUAAACCUCACCUGUAUCAUCCCUCUUUGUGUUUCUGUUCCUGUGCUCAACUCUUCAUGAUAUCGUUUGUUUAUGACCUCAGUUCCCUUAACAGAUCAGAGAUGGGUUUCCAUUGAUGACAUCCUGCUGUUCCUUGUGUGUUAGAGACAGAUUAUAAUCUGCAGUUCAAUGAUCCGACUGAGUUAUAAUCUGCGGUUUUAUGAUCAGACUGAGUUAUAAUCUUUUGUCUGAUGAUUUUGUAGAAACUAUUAAAGUCAAUUUAAAUCAAAAAUCCUGUUCUGAGUGUUUCUGUAUCAGUCGGAUGGAGCUCAGUUCUGCUCCUCAGACUUCUUCUUCACUCACAGUUUGUUCAUUUUUAGGUUUGACAUUUACGUUUCAUCACAUCUGUGUUUUUAUCCUGUUCAGUUUGUUUCUUCAGUUUUUAUUAGUUUGAUGAUUUUGCCUUUUUCUUUUUGCUUGUUUUUCAAUUCUGUUACUUCAUCCAAACACACCUUCCCCCUCUUCUCUCCUCUCCUUAUCUCCUCUCCUCUCCAAUCUCCUUCUGGACCCCUCCUCUCCUCUUUUCUUCUUAUCUCCUCUCCUUCUUCCUACUCCUCUCCUCAUCUCUGGUAGCGAUCAGGGUCUGGUGGCGAGAAGCUGCCUGUACAGUCGACACCUGGACUUUAGAGCAGCAGGACAGCAGGACACACGCCUGACAGGUGAGCCGAUGAUGUCAGACCUAAGUGAUGUUAGAGAUUUAAACGGUGAUGUUUGGUUUUAUUUAUCUUAUGUGCCACAUUUAUCAGCUUUAUUUGUUUGAUACAAAAUUAUAAAAAGCGAAAAAUAAGAGGCGGGGUAUUUCUCAAAAAUAUCAAUAUAAUGUGUGUCACAAUAACACAUUCAGGUAGAGCAGUAACACCUGCGCUAUGUAAAGGAUAUAACCCUCUGUUCUUCUCAGUGUCAGCUCUUCCUCUGUGACACCCAGCUCUCUCUCUGCAGGGAUCCUUUCUGUCAGACACUAAGAAUAGCUACCAGAGCCUGUCAGGGACAAAAAUAAGAACCUUCACUGACUCACUUUGAGGACUCUGUUAUAGAACUGCUGUUAAUCUGCUGCAGGAGGUUGAUAAAUCACCUGCUGAAACUUUUUGUCCCUGCUGGACAUUUAGAGCCUAAAACUUGUCAGAAUGAGUCUCAGGCUGAAAAUAAUCUCUCUCUGCUUCAGAGAUUUUUUCUUUUACGAGUUCAGAUAGAAAAGAUGUUUCUCUUCCUGGUGUCAUUAGAUACACUUUACAGCAUACUUUCCACUCACCUGUCAGCGCCUUACAUUCACAGGUGUGACAGCUAUGGAGGAUCAGACACACACACCUGGACACACAGACACACACAGGUUGGACAGUGCUCACACACCAAUAACCAGGUAACACUGAUGCUUAAACUCUAUCUGUUUAUAAUGAGGAGGUAAAUGAAAGAGUCAGUGACUCUGUGUGCAGACAAGAGACUGAACCAAGAAAACCACAAGGACAUCAGGUUUUUUUCAGGUUCAGAAGCCAGAGUGAAGCCACUAACAGACUAUUUACAGAGAAACUGAGACUCUCCACAGACAGAUGAACUGUAAACCAGAGUGAAGCCACUGGGAGUUGGUUUUAGUCUGCACACAGAGUGAAGUCUCUUCAUGGUAUAUUGAUAUAUUCUGAAUGUCUUUUGUCCUCUUCCCCACCCUUGACUCUGUCCUGUCCUUUAUCAGGUCGCAGCACUUGUCUCUUCCUCUUCCUCAGUCUGUAUCCAACACAGAAGACGCCACAGAGACACAGCAGGGUCAAGCUGAUGAAGAGGAGAGCAGGAUGAAGGAGAGACAGGACAGACCUCAGCUUCCAGCAGCAGGAGGAAAAGACUUAUUGUCCCCCCUUAGACGUCAGUCAGAGAACAGAGAUGGAGGACUGCGGUCAUGGACUGUGGGAGAGAAGAGUUUCAGUGCUCAGUGGGUAAAACAGAAGCACGAGCGGAGGAGCACUAGACCAUGGUGAUCCAGAGGGAACCAGAUUCAGGUCUAGACUGAGGAGGACCAGAGCCAAGGAGACCCUAGAUUACUGGGUUCUGAAGUGCUUUGAAGUUUCUUAAAGAGACAGUAGCUGAAGUAACCUGGUUUGAUGCCCAUGUUUCAGGUUUUUUUCUCUUUUUUUUGUAGCUGUUAUAAAGUCCUCGUGGCCAAAUGUUGAACAGACUCAGAGUGAACCUGCACUAGUGGAAGUGAAUAAAAUCUAAAAAUCUCUAAAUUGAUUUUCUCAAAUGAAAAUGAAAACCUUGAGCAGAUCUUUGUGGUUUAUUGUGAUGGAUGACGGUUGAAUAUCUAUGAAGUGAGCAUCAGGAUUUCUCGGGUUUCAGAGAAUUUCUUUCUGAAUCAUCAGAAUAAACUUUUCACUUUUUUCAAAACAGGCUUUAUUGUUUCUCAAAUUCUCUUUUCAGACUCCUCCCCUGCCUCAGUUUCCCAGAAUCCUUUACAAGAGCAGGUGUGUCCCAUAGAUUGUAUAUAAAAGUAUAUACAGUCUAUGGUGUGUCCACCCUGAAGAUAAACAUCUAAUCACCUUCUCAGACACACUAAUUAGACUCUGACAGUACACACAACACAGUUUAUUGUUUCUUUUUAAACAUCUCCCCAUCCCCAAAUUUACACACACUCACCUUCACAAACACACACACACACACACACACACUUUCACUAACACAUACACAAACUCUUGCUCAUACACUCCACCUUAGAUCAGCUGUUUUAUCAGGAUCAUCACUCUGACAGACGGUUUAAACACACCUUGGAUCAGAGUUUCAGAGGACCCUGAACUUUUCCUCAUGCUGAACUUUGACCUUUCAGGUCCAGAUCCUACUGGAUCAACCCAUUUUCUCCACGUGUCAGCAGGAAAACUCAGAGCAGGAUCAUCAGAGUGUUAACGUGUUAUUUGGGUGGGGCUGGGGCAGAAAUGCAGUUUCUCACAGACAGGAGUAAACCUGAGUCAGAAACUCAAGAGUCUUAGGUGAUCAAAGCUCAAACUGACUAAACAAACGCAACAGAAUCUGCUUUUGACCUGAUGAUCUGCUCAUCAGCUGAUUCUCUCUGUCUCUAAUCCUCCUGGUGCAGCAGGGGCAGGUGAGUCCCUAGUCUUCCUGGUGCAGUGGAGACAGGUGUGUCUCUAGUCCUCCUGGUGCAGUGAGGGCAGCUGUGUCUCUAGUCCUCCUGGUGCAGCAGGGACUGGUGAGCCUCUAGUCCCUCUGGUGCAGUGAGGGCAUAUGUGUCUCUGGUGCAGCAGGGACAGAGGAGUCUCUAGUCCUCCUGGUUCAGCAGGGUCAUGUAGAGAUGUGACUGGAGGAAGCGAGGGUAGCAGUCUGUGUCUAGCAGGGAGUAGAUGCGCGUUUGUGCGUGGUUUAGAGAGUUGUGGGACGGGGCCUGCAGCAGAGUGAGGGUCAGAUCUCGAGUCUUACCAUCCAGGUUGACCUGAGACAAAGGCACAUGGAAAUAAUAGUACGUUUUUCAUGAGACAGGUGACUCUACAUCGGUGGUUCUCAAGUCCAGUCCUCGAGCCCCCCUGUCCUGCAUGUUUUGGAUGUUCCCCUGCUCCAACACACCUGAUUCAAAUGAUCAGCUCGUUAUCAAGCUCUGUAAUGGUUUAAUAACGAGGUAAUCAUUUGAAUCAGGUGUGUUGGAGCAGGGAAACAUCCAAAACAUGCAGGACAGUCGGCAACAUAGUGGGGGUCGACAGUCGAGGACUGGACUUGAGAACCACUGCUCUCAUGAUAAAGAUGUGUAACAAAGUCUUCAUUCAUUGGCUAAUCCUCCUCUUUGGUUAAACUCUUAAACAAAGCUAACUUUGAUGCUUCCCUGACCCAUAGUUUCAACAGUCAUCACUUCCUGCUCACACUCUCACAGAAACACAAAGGCUGGCCAAAAUAAAUCAGGCCACUUUCCUGUGAGGAGAUUUUAGCUGAUAUCAAAAUGUCCAGUUUUUAACCAAUGACGUCCGACAGAAACAGGAGAGACCAUCAGCUAAAACCCUGAUUAUCCCUUUAAAGUCUUAUAAUUAAUGUUGCCAAGUCUUUCUCAUGUGACAGGUGAAGGUGUGUAAUUACCUCUCUGGGAGAUCCUGGUUGGAUGUAGGUGUUGCUGAUGUCUCGGGCUCUCCUCUGCAGACUGAAGUUGUUAGAGGAUUGUUUGUACUGCUCACAGGCGAGGUAGAACUGCAGGUUCUCUUCGCUGAACUCUGACCGCAGGAACGCCCCGAACACCUGAACCCCGGCUACACAGAAGGAAGAUUUUUUUUUUAUCGACAUGGAGGUUAAAACCCCCACAGAAUCCAAAGUCUCAGAGCUGUGUACAAUACAAAAAAGUUAAUGAAAACAACAACAAUAGUAAUGAUAAUAUUCAUUAUUAUCUAAUUAGUUUUCAUAUUCACUCAAUAAAAUAAAAAUAAUUAUAUAUAAUAAAUAUUAACUGAACAUCUGUGAAUAUAAGGGGGAACACUUAGGUACACGCAGUCUAGUGUUGUAUUUGGAUCAGAACACUGACUGCAAUUCAUCUAAUGACCACCGGGGUCUGUGUGUGGUACGACAAACAUCCUGAACUUCAUUGUAUGGAUUUUAAAGAGUUUGAUCGAGACAACACUCUCACAUCACACAUACACUCAAACAGCAGGUGCAGACCAGCAGGAGAUUAAAUUGUAAAACUGUUGAAUCUGUAAAGACUGAAAACAAACUGUGAUUUAAUACUAAUCGUUUGUGUGUAAUUAUGUUUGUUCUGUAAAUAGCAUCACUCGCAUUCUCUUUAUUGCUCAGCACACAGGAGCUGUGACGUCUGGUUACAGACUGUCAUCUCACAGUAAGUUCAGAUAGACACACACACACACACACAUAUACGCACAGUCUCAGAGGUCUCUGUCUCACUCAGCGGUGCUCACUUCUCUUUCGAGAAGAUGGACAUUUAUGAUUUCUGCCCUCACUUCCUGUUUCCCACAUUGUCAGGACACCUGCCACGUAUGUUAAGUGAGUCUUUCGUCUGUUGAUCUAUUUUUAACUGUCCGCAUUCCUCUGUCUGUGUCUGUCAAAAAACUCUCAGUCCUGAUCAAUCACCAGCUGACAGGAAGAUCUGAAGACAGAGGACCGUCUGAUUGGAUUUCAACUCCACCUGUCUGCUGUCUGUCCCUAAGCUGUGGGCGGAGUCUAACCACUGAGCAAAGAUUUAAGGUUUCUUAUAAAAAACUCCAAAGAACCCCUCACACAGUCUCAAUAAACACCCAAACUCAGACUCACUCUGACUGGCCAGCAGGGCGUUCAGAGACUCCGCCCACUUCUCCAGCUCUUCCUUGCUGAUCUUCCUCUUCUUAUUGUGUCCCACCUGACUCCACUGACGCAUGAAGUGCAGCCGGGAUCUCCGCUCCACAGGACUGGGGACACAGCAGAAGUAAGAACCGGGACAAGACACGGAGACAAGAAAACACAAGUAAAGGAUAACAUGGAGACAUGAUGACACAGAGACACUUUUGAGUCAGACCGCUUGAGGUCCUCCUUGUAACACAAAUAUAAAGACAUUAUCAGACACAGAAGUGAACCUAAGGAUACAUGAGAAUGGAGACAUUUACAACAGGGUGAAAAGGUUCUUAGACAUGAUGCAUGAGGUCAAAAAUACACAUGGACAAAUGUCAAAUGGACUCAGUUUCUAUCGCUGUAGUCCUCUGACCGAUCACAACUCUUCAAUGCCACAGUCACUCAUUCACCCCACAGUCAUCUAUCUCACACUCAGAAACAGAAGUCACUCCAUCAGCUCAGUGUGGUUCUCACCUGUCUUUGGGCUCUGGAUUGGUUAGGUUGGAGUUUGAAGAAUGAGGACUCUAAAACAGAAAAGGAGGUCACUGAAGGUCACUAAAGAUCACUGGGGUCUAGUUCAAAGGUUAGACACAGAGAGGCCUUAGUGUGAUAUCAGACGAACACCGAGAUGUAAAACACUGUCCGCAGUUUGACCAGGACAACUACUACAGAUCUGUCAAUCAUCUCUGUCGUCAUGGAGAUGGGCUGACGGUAUCUUCAUCAAGUCUGUCUGCAUCAUGUAUGAGUAUGUUAUGGAUGUCAACAGUUCAGUGUGACUGUUUUUUUUAAAGAAGUAAUUUCAUAAUUCACCCUGAGGAGGCCCUCUGAGAUAUUAAACUGAAGCUGCAGUUUGUUCAAACUUCUCCCCAGAGCUGUCUUUCUCUCUUUAAAUGAAUGAAGAUAAACUUAGAGUAGGAAAUCCAGUUUCUUUCUCCUGCAGCAGGUGAACUCUCUGUAAUGUCAGUGACAUAAUCCUCAGUGGAUCAGAGUGAGUCAGUAACUGUUCCUGUUUGUGUUCCUGGUUAGUUUGACUUUAAACAGUUCAGAUGUGACAAACUCUCAGUUCAGCCUCUGUGACUAUGAGAGGACCUGACCAUGUCUCAGGGUCUCACCUGUCCAAACAGACUCUUCAGGUGGAGUUUGGCAGCGGAUAGUUUGGUGUGGUGGUGUCUCUGCUGGGACUUAAAGGGGUGAGAGGUGGAGGAGGUGGGUGAGGUUGGAGGCAGGUCGUCCCUCCUGAUGUUCUCCAUGCUGCCCUUGGGGUCGGGGGCCAGCUGUCCAUCACUGUACGCCCUGAAGCCCUCACUGAACCAGCUCACCCUCAGGUGGUUCUUAUCCAGUUUAUGGAGUGCGGUCAGAUCUUCCACGCUUACACUCAGUUCCUUGGUCAGCUCCUUUUUCGCCCCCUCGCCUCCACCCGCUUUGGGCUCCAACAUAGUGGGGGUCGUGCUACUCAGGCCUCCAUCCAGCUCGUCUUCCUCCAGGUGAGGAGUGUCCCGACUCCUCUCAUGAUCCUUAUCCUUUAGACCCCCCUUCCUCCACGGAAAGAAGUCCAGAUCCAGGAGGGACCCCUCAGAGCUGAACCUCCGCAUGGUGCUGCUGAGGGGGAAGAGGGUAAUGAGGAGAUAGAGGAGGAGGAGGAGGAAGAAAAGGAGCAAGAAAAGGGGAAGGAAGCUAUUAAAAUCCUGCAGGAAAGACAAAAGGACAAUGGAAGGUCAGAGACAAGUAAAAAAAAAAACAGGUUAUUCAAACCUAGAAUCUAGAAACACCAGUGACUUCUCUGGACCAUGGAUCAUGGAUACUGCACCCUCCUCUUUAAAGAGCAGAGGGACUACUAGCUUGUUUUGAGAAAGAGGAAGAGACAGAUGAAAAUCGGAGUAAACUGUAAAGAGGGUUUUUCAGAUUCAAAGAGGAUUAUCAGAUGGUAUAAUGAGAGUUAAGUUUGGCCUGUCAGAUCAGGAACUCUGCUCCUUUGAACAGUUCAGCGCCCACAGGGAAAGAAACUAUAAAGUUAAACUUAGUCAUACCCUUUGACCUCUAUUUAUUCAUGCACACAGUCUCUCACAAACUCACAUGGUCAUGUUCAAUCAUUAACCAGCCUCACAUUCAGCCUUCCUGACUCAGAGUUUCCCCUCCUUCUUAAGACAAAUAAGGAGUUAAGGACAGGUAAGAAGGUUUGGACUAACUCAUCUGGAGUCUAAUUCUUGGGUUACCACAAACAGCAUGUGCCAACAGCACACUACAUACUUACUAACCUGCUAACUAGCUCCUUUAACCACAGGAACAACCUGCAGCUGGUUUAGCUGGUUCAUUGACAGGUUCAGUUAAAUAAACAUGAAGAAACAUGUUUGAUUUAAAAACAUAAUAAACAUCCAGUAAUUUGAACCUUCAGCUGACUGUGACUGUAUGAUUUAAACUUGGCUUACACUUUCUCAAUUGUGUUCAUGUUUCCAUCAUUAUAACAUCCAGUUUUAGCUGCAUUCAAGAAUAAAAACCUUCAUGUAAUGGGCUGUCCUAUUUAUACAGUCAGAGGGAAGACACUCUGUUGAAGUGUUUGGAUGAAGCACCUGCUGCAAGUGUUUGCUCUAUAAAACCCUGAUAUCAACUUUUGUCUUCUGCAGCUGUUAAUACACACUCGUUUUUCUCACUCUUAAACUGCGAGAUUAAACUCUGAAUCUACAUAACAGUGAAUAAAACAAAAACACAGAGGUCAGAUUUCUUCCUCAUCUUCUAAAAAAAAUUCAUAUCAAACUAAACUCAAGUGUUUGGAGGACUUUGAAGAAAGGAAAAAGUUUCAAGUUUAUCUGAAAAAGUCCUACAUUUAUGAGAAAGUAGAGUAUAAAAAGUAAUCUUCCUACAAAGUCUUUAAGUUGACCGGAAUAAUCUGAAAUGAACAACUUUGAUCUAAAAAUGACAAAUUUCCUUCUAUAAGGCAGUCCAAACAAAUUUCUACAGAGAUGUUCUAUAACUUUGACUGUCAGUCACUUAGGUUUGAUGACUGAUUUCUAUGAAUUUCACUUUUCCAUGACCCCACUAAGAGAUCAGCUCUGAGGUUCAGCAGAGCUUUCAUCAAACCUGCCAACAAACGCUUAGUUCAUGAACAAAUAAAUGCCAGUCACUACAAUUAAACUGUCAACAAACUACAGUGUUUAACUUCAACUACACUUAAACUGUUAAUAAACUACAUAGUUUAACUUCUUGAGGUGUACGUGUUACUUUUAAGCUGAGUUUACCUGUUGUUCCUCAGGUGGGAAUCUGUCUUCAGGUCCGUUCGGUAACUUCCUCCAGCCUCAUGAGCACGCGCCAAAACACACCAGUGGAGAGACGGAGAAACGUCCCCUGAACUACACCUGAACCUCACCUGGACUUCUUCUGUCCUGUAGUGUUAUCUCAGAGCUCAGACUAACCCUGACCGGAAACUCUGUCCUGCUAGAAAAGCACUGACACACACACACGCACAUACACACACAUUGACUGCAGAAAGAGUUUUUGCUCCGUCACAUGAAGUCACUUAAGAGUGAAGCUGCCACACCUUAGCCGUGUCUCUACAUGCCUCUGUCUAACACACACACACACACACACACACACACACACACACACACACACACACACACACACACACACAUAUUCUGAGGUGUGUCCACUAACACAUGCCCCACAGUUCAUAAAGCUCCCAGUGUGUGU